GUUGUGGAUGUCAUUAAACAUUUGUUAGCAAAUUUUUUUUUCAAAUCAAUUUGAAUGUGUUUAAAAAAAUGUGUUUGUGUUAUACAUAAAUUAUUGUGUAAAUUUUAUACAAAUAUUUUAUAUGGACUGUCAUAAUAUGUUAUUCAAAUAUCAUUAUGGCAUCUUUAAAAAUAACCGUGCAAGACAAGAAAGAAUUGGACAAGUUUACAAAAUUUUUAGCAUUAAAAGCUGCACAAAUAAUAGUUCAAUCAAGACUUGGUGAAAAAAUACAAACACAGGGAAAACCUUAUACAUCAGGAGCUGAUUGGUUUAAUUUGGCAAUAAAAGAUUUGCCAGAUGUGUUGGCUGAAGCAAAACAAGCAAUAUCAAGUGAAUUAGGGACCACACGUUUACCGCUAUGUGUAGAAAUAUCAUUACGUACUGCAGAAGGUGACACAAUGGUUUUGGAGACCUGGUGUUUAAGUUCAUUACACGAACAAUAUGACCCAGGCACAAGAGCCACAUAUACUGUAUAUAAUCGUAUGGGAAUACUAUUAAAAUCAUUAGUGUCAGUAACAAGAGUAACACCAGCGUAUAAAUUAUCUAGAAGGCAGAGCCCCGAUUCAUAUGUUAUAUGUUAUCGUAUUUAUAUGGGUGAACCACAAUUUCAUAAUUUAGGUGAUGGCUAUAAACAAGUACGAGUUGGACAAAUUUGUACACCAAUUGGUACGUUACAUUUGUCAGUGGCGUAUCGUACAAAAAUGACUAUUUCCCCAACACAGACUGGUAGUAAUAAUUCAAUUAUGCUCAAAAGUGAUCAUUUUAAAACAGAGACUGAUGAUAAAAAUACAAAGAAUGAUGAUGACAAUUAUGUUGUUAUCAUGAAUAAACCAUUAAAACGUGGUGCUUUUAUUGAACCUGAAUGUGUAAAUUUUCCUCCAAUCAGUCCGAAACCUUUUGAAAAAUUAUUUGAAAAGUAUAAUAAUGGUAAACAAUCUGUGGAAAUUCAAACACCGAAACCAAUCACUAAACCUUUAAGUAUAAAUAUUUCGAAGAAAAAGGAGAGUAGUUUGGAAGAAUUACGACCUUUGAAAGUACCAUUUGCACAAUCCGAUAAAGACGAUAUAGCAAAAGUAACAAAUCUCUAUUGGUAUUUUAAAGAAGCACCCACAUUAGAAUCAUUUGAGAAUGGUCCAACAAUUGGCGAACAAGAUUUAUUAGGUGAAAUAGAAAAACAUCAAAAACAACUACAAACCUACAAUACAUUAGUAAAAGAAUUAUUGCGAUCAUCAAAAGGUGAUGAUGACACGGAUCCCGAAAAUGAGAUCGAAAAGAAAAAAUCCAAAUCGAAAAAAGAUAAAGCAAACAAGAAACAACAACAAUCGUCAACCAUUAAUAAAGAAAAUAUUGAAUCGAAUAAUUCGUGUACACCAUCCUCAACGAAUUUAAUUACAAAUAAAAUCAUAUUAAAUGAUUCAAAUGAAAAUAGUAGUGGGGAUAAUAUUUUACCAGCACCUCCACAGAAAGUGAAUAAUGAUAAUCCCAAAAGUGAAGACGAUAAUAAUAAUAAUUAGAAUUAAAUAUUGAGAAAAAACUUUUAUUUUUGGAUGUUACCUGAAAAGACUGAUUGAUUCACAAAUGAAAGAAAACUUUUUAAAAUUUAUUAUUUAAUUUUUUUGAAGUGAUAACGAAGCGAAGAAAAGAAGUGGUUUAAGAAUACAAAAACGCUAUGAGAUUAUUUAUUUUAUUUAAGGUAGUGCAAAAAUUAUUUUUGAAUAAGAAAAUACCGAGAAUCCGAGAAAAAGCAGAGAAAUUGAUAAAAAUAUUAAGAGACUCUUAACGUAUCAAGAUUAUCCUGGAAAACAUGAAACUGGCAGAGAGUUCCUAGAUUCUGGAAAAAUUAGAGAAUUCCAAUCUCAGGCAGGGAAAUUAAUAAAUACAUGGUUUGAUCUAAAGAGAAAUAUUGCCUUAAGAACUUUUUCCGUGGAAGCCUGUAAUUUCCAUAACAAAUUACUCUACGAAUAUAUCAAGAAGACAAGAAGUUUAGUUUCUAGAAAAGGAAAGCCUUUAAAAAAGGGGUUCGUCUAAAUUAUCAUCGCUUCCGAUCAAGUCUAUCAUUUCUGCAGUAAAAUUCGCGAUGAUGUUUCUUAUUAAAAUUAAAGUCUCUCGGAAACUUUGAGAUUCUGAUUGAAAUUGAUAUCGACUGUUUUGGCAAUUUAACGCCAUUUAACUGUUUUUUGUUAGGGUUAACUGGAGUGCAAUUGAGAAAAGCGAUAAAUCUUUUGACUUUAUUGUCUAAACUUUUCAUCACCUUCAUAUUUUGAGGGUCUCCAAUCUUCCUACUUAUAGAUGUGCAAGGUGAUGCCAGGAAGGAUCGGGAAAUUCUAUUUCUCACAGAUUGAUUAACUUGAACUGCCUUCGGUCUAAAAAUUAUCGUUUAAAUAGAAAAGAAAAAUCAUUUUCAAUAUAUUUGAAUAUAAAAAGCUUCGAUUCGUCGCCAGUGAUUUAAAGGUGAAAGCUUCACUUCAAUCGUGUGAUAUUCCUAAAAUCACACUUUUAUUUUAAUAAAAUUUACAUUGAAGUAAAUGUAAGUCGUAAAAAUUAGGUCAAUUUUUAUUUUUAUUUUUUCAUCUUUAUUUUUAUUUAAAAUAUAUUUACAGACAUCGAUCGGUCAUACAUUAGCGCAGCGUGAAUGAAAACAAAAAGCAUUGGUUUGCGGGUAAAAUUGCACAAAAUUAGAGAAUAAAAUCAGGUAAAAUGAAUUUUUUUAGUUAUUUAUAAGCUUCCAAUAAUUUGCCAAUUUUU